GGGGGGGGGGCGGACGUUGGGGCGCGCGCGGCGGGCGCGCGGGCGGAGGACGCGGAGACGGAGACGGAGACGGAGACGGAGACGGAGGGUGGGCGGGGUCUGCAAACGCGCGUCGUCGGUGGGGCAAAGGUGGCCGUGGGGUGGUUGAAGGGCGUGGUCUCUCGCGCGCGCGUGGAUGAGGACGCGCGCGCGGCGCGAAAGGAGGCGCGACGACUCGAGCGCGAAGCCGUGAUCGAGGAGACGCGCGCGCGGAAGGAGAAGGAAAGGAUCGAACGUGAAGAGGCGAAGGCGGCGCUGGCGGCGCGCGAGACCCAGCUUGAACUCUUGCGUGCGGAGGAGAAGCGCCUGUGGGAGCUCGAACGCGAAGAGGAAAAGAAGCGAAAAGAGGAGGCGCGCGCGGCGGAGAAACAGAGAAAAGAGGAGGCGCGCGCGGCGGAGAAACAGAGAAAAGAGGAGGCGCGCGCGGCGUCGGGGCGGAAUGCCACCGAAGAGACAGCGGCUUCUCCGGGACAAUCGCCGUUCCGACACGUGGAAGAGAUCAAGCACGCCGUGAGCGAAGGCGCGCACCACCUCGGCGAGGUCGCCCAGAGCUUUGGGAGCGCCGUGAAAGAGCAGGGAGACAGGGUCUUGCACGGCGUGAGCGAGCAAGCGCAUUACUACGGCGAUUUUAUUCGCGAGAAGAAUGAUAAAGUCGUCAAGUCGCUCGCGAAGAGGCGCUGGGUGCGCGGGAUCGCGUCCAGGGUGUCGCCGAACGCGCUCCUGGUCGCCGCCAUAUGCGUCUUCCUCGCGGGACUUCCAGAGAAUAGGCUUCGAGCGAGAGACAAGGUGCGAUCGAUCGUGAAGAAGAACAAUAAGAAAGUGAACGACGUCGUGGAGGCUGAGAACGAGACCGAGGACGAAUGGCCGGCAGACUUCGUCUAUAAUGCGGGAGACGAGGACGAGGACACGGCGUACAUCGGUCGCGGCCCGACGCCGCGCGGCGUUUACGAGGUCAUGGAGGGCGACACGCUCUGCUCCAUCGCCGGGUGCUUCAACCUGGACGUUGUGGAGAUCAUCGAUAGAAAUGGUGACGUCAUCAAGAAUCCUGAGAACCUCUCUCCGGGCGAGCGAAUUCGCAUUUACUGA